ACUGAGAAAGAGUUGCAAGUAAAAGUAUACGAGAGAGAAGAAAAUUGAAGUUACAUAUUGCAGGUCUCAUGUCAUCGGUCAGCCGCUGUUGAAAUUUUGCAACCACAUGUAGUAUAGAAGUAGAGGACCAGAGUAUGCACAGGCAUUUACCACUUUUUAGUUUUUGAGUUUGGGCUGUGUUUAAAACAAACCCAAUAAAAUCCACGAGAUUUUUUGGUUGCAAAAAAAUCUAAAACUGUGCUGAUUAUGACCAACCAGCCCAAAAGGUAUGAUAUAAGAAUAAGAACAGCCUUAAAAUGCAAGACUCAGCCGGACUGAGGUUUAACCCUGAGGUAAGUUUAGAUGCAAUCCUUGACAAAGUUCACAAAAGUUUAAGCUUUGAGGCCUUAAGGCAUAAGGUUUGGAUGCUUUGCUUCUGUUUUUUUGUAUAGCUGUCAACUUCUCUUUUCUUUUCUCCCAACUUCUUUCUAUAUUCUCAUUGUUGAUAUUUCCUAAUUAUUAUUGUUAUUUAUUUAUUUAUUUAUUUGGCUAUUAACUAUUUAAGAUUUGAGAAACCUUAAAAACUUACACUUGAAACAUCAAUUCUCAUUAUAUCGUCUGACAAAUGAUCCCUUGACUUUUAAUAUGCUUAGCUUCGGUAAUGGAACAGAGGCAAGAGAAGGCCACAGUGCAGCACUUAUUGGCAAACGGCUCUUCAUAUUUUGUGGAUGCGGCAAAUCUGAGGACAGUGAAUUAUAUUAUGAUGAUCUCUAUAUAUUGAACACCGAGACAUUUUUGUGGAAACGUGUGGUACCAUCAGGCACUCCUCAUAGUAAGCGCAAUAGUCAUACGUGUUCGUCUUGGAGGAAUAAAAUCAUUGUGAUUGGAGGUGAAGAUUCUUAUAAUUAUUAUCUUUCAGAUGUCCACAUACUCAAACGCAGAUACUCUUGUGUGGUGCAAGUUGAAUACCAUGGGGCAGCUGCUACUACCCCGAGGUGGGCAUACAACACUUGCUUCCGGCAAGAACUUGUUUGUCUUUGGGGGUUUUAAUGAUGAGCAGAACCUCUAUGAUGAUGUUCAUAAGCUGGAUCUUAAAAAUGGCAGAUGGACUAAAGUGAUAGCUACUGGCCAGGGUCCUUCUGGCAGAUUUUCUAUGGCGGGUGAAAAUUUGGAUCUGCAGAGGGGUGGUGUUCUGGUAGUUAUAGGCGGUUGCGAUAAGGAUCUUGAAGCGCUGGAUGAUAUGUAUUAUUUACACACAGGCCUUUCUAGGGAGAAUGAACGAGAUGAAGGGCGAGUGGUGAAGUUAUCUUUGAGGAAGCAGCUGAAGUUGAAAUGCCAAGCGCAGAACAUUGGUGCUUCUGCAUAUGAGCCUACUUAUGUGGGAGUUGAACAUGAUGCCACUGUUUACCAUCCUGCGCCAAUUUCAAGUUAUAUUCCACCUGGUGGACAGAAUUUCUAUUUAGAUGAACACGAAACUUCUCUGGGUAAGAGAAGCUUCCAAGCUAAAGUCAUCAAAAGCUUUCCAGACAGAUAUAUGAUUGAAACCAUUAUUGAUGGAAAGCAUCUCUGUGGACUGUUAUUUUCCAACAAAGCAAUCCUGAAGAAAACAGUCAAUGAUGUUUCCAAUAGGAAAAUAAAAGCUACAGAAAGUGACGGCAAUCAGCAAAAUGAUAAUCAUGGAACAGGUGUAGAAAGCUCAAAACAUGCAGAGCUUUACAUGAACGAUGUUAUGCAAACUGCUAAUGCAGAAAUGAUAGAUCCAGGACCUCAUGCCAAGGCUGAAGCUGCUUCUACUGAGAUGAAGAGUCCAGCACCUCAAGUUCAGAUGGAAGGUGCUGCUACAGAAAUGAAGAAUCCAGCACCUCUUGAAUCUUCACUGUCCGAAGAGGGUGAGACUGACCUGCAUCAAUUCUUGGAGAACAUGCAGAACCUGCGGAAGCACAUGCGCAAGAGUUCAAAACUUUGCUUAUGGUUACGGAGAUGAAUGGAAAUCCUUUUUGUCCUUAGGAAGUGAGUGAACAAAGUUCAUCUAUACUUUUCUAAACUUUUGUGCUCGUUAUUAUCAUUAGAUCUUUGUUCCUAUAUUUUUAGGAAUCUCGAAAGAAUUUUCUGUUUUAAGAUUUAUGAAUUUAUUGAGUGGGACGGGUCUGUUUUGGCAACUUAUGUGCAUAGUUCCAGGGGCUUCCCAAUCGAAUGCUCCGGGGGUAUGAUCAUCAUGAAUAAUGAAGGAGAAUUUGUCAUCUUAGUUGGAGCUUUCCAAAGAAAAAGCUCGAUAGUGACAUUAGCAGCUCUUGGGGUGAUUUUUAAACACAGCCUGUUUCCUUAAGCUACGGAGUAGUGCAGUUCCUGUGGAUUUCAGUUGUCUGAUCCUUGACCAUGGAAAACUUGUGGCAUCAGAUCAAUU